AUGCGUUCGGUUGCACUUGCUCUUGCGUACCUUGCCACUGGCAUCCACGCCCUCCCCAGGCCUGCCGUGAGCUACGCAGUGGUCAACGUAGACGGUGGUUCUGCAGCCACGAGCACCGAGGCAGCACAAACGACAGUAAUCUCCACUGUUGUCGAGUCGGAGGCGCCUACAACCGUCUCAGAGGUUGUAUACAAGACAGUGACCGAUUCGUCGGCUACAGCAACCACUGUUUCUGUCAAGACCGUCACAGAGACACCAAGUGCUGUUUCCACAUCAGCCAACCUUCCCUCUGCUGCUUCUUCGACAUCAGCACAGGCUUCAGAAACCUCUUCAGCGCCAUCAUCGCCAAAGACAUCGCCAUCAUCAGCAGCAUCGUCAUCGUCAUCGUCAUCGCUGUCAGCAUCAACAUCAACAUCGUCAACAAGCACCACAUCGCUCGCGUCGGCACCCUCAUUGGUUACAUCAUCUGCCGAUUUGUCCUCGACAGAUGCACCGGUGUCAUCUUCAAGAUCAUCUGCAUCUCACACCGUCAAGAGCAGCACAAUCACAAGCGCCGCGUCCUCGACACGCAGCAGCAGCAGCAGCUCAACAACAACACCAUCAGUAUCAAUCAACUCGAUUGUAUACGAGGUGACCGGCGGAGCACUUACUACAGACUACGUGACAGUCACACUGACUGACAGUGCCCAAGCCACAAGUUCGACGUUAAACUCGUCCUCAUUGUCUACCUCUGCAGUUUCGACAAUUGUUGUGGUGCAGACACAGACUGUGGUUCCAGCACAAGUAGCGCCCACUUCGACAUCUUACUACGACAAUGGAAUGUGGCACACGUCAUACGUUGUCAAGAAUUUCCCUACAUUGGCACCAAGUGCUGCAGGACAUCACUGGAACGGUACUUCGCACCGGGGCUAG